CAACUUAUGACUGUAGGUUGUUCCGAAUCCUUGCGCUUGUUAUUUCAUUCACAGAUUCAUGAGGCACUGAUCCCAGAUUUGAGGCUUUGAGCCCCUCACGCAUGCCCACGCCUCUCUUAUUUCAGUAGAAUUACCAGUGACCGUAGAAGCGAAACGACCUAAUCUCCCUCACCUCUUUUUACCACCAUGUCGGUAUCUGUCGUUCCCGAGGACAAGGACAAGCCCGAGCAGGUGUCGACCCGAAAAGGAGUCCACUGGUCUUCCAUAGCGUAUAACGUUGCUUGGCGAGUGUAUCAUCACGCUCGAAAGCACACUGGCGUGGGCAUCGUGUGCUCCGUCGCGUACUUCGAUCCCGGGAACUGGGGAGUUGAUCUCCAGGCAGGGUCGCAGUUUGGAUAUAGCCUCCUGUUCUGCGUCCUCCUCGCUGGCCUGUUAGCAGCCCUUCUUCAGGUAUCCUUCGUUACUGCUGCUGGAAUUAUCGCGUUCAUCAGAGACACCUUCUGGCAGGUCCUUGCUAGUCGUUUGGGAGUGGUAACAGGCCUAGAUCUUGCAUCUCAUUGCAGACUUCUGCUCCAUGACCGCCCUCGGCACAAGAUGCUAUGGCGCUGGGGCGUGCUAUAUCCGUUGUACGUCCUCUCGGAGAUCGCCAUCAUCAGUACAGACCUAGCGGAGAUGCUCGGGUCUGCUAUCGCCCUUGUCCUUCUCUUUCCAUCACUCCCUCUUUGGGCGGGCGUCUUGUUGACUGCCUCUGACGUCAUGCUUCUUCUGGCAUUUGACAAUCCGCUGAGGACGAGACCUGUCAAAAUGUUCGAGUACCUGAUCACCGCACUGACCCUCGCUGUGCUCAUCUGCAUGGCGAUAAUCAUAGCACGCAUCAAUGUAGACUGGGCAGAUGUGUUCAAGGGGCUUCUUCCGUCGAAGGCACUCUUCGAAAACGGCGCAUUGUACACCACCGUCGGUAUCCUUGGGGCCACCAUCAUGCCGCAUAGUUUGUUCUUGGGAUCACACUUGGCCACACAAGACCGGAUGGCUGAGGCACCUCUCAAGGAAGUUCAUACUCACUCUGAAUCUGCCAGUUUUGAACCUCCGCAAGACAAGACUUUCCUUCAACGCUUGUACCACUUUGUCAAGCAGCCUUUGAAUGUCUUCAGUUGUGACGGUUUACCCGAAGAUAAUGCGGACUAUGAACCCACCACUAACACUCGACAUGCCACGUUCUCGGAACGUCUGCGCAUCCACUGUAGACGACUUUUUGGAGUGUUUCGUUCCGAAGAGUCAUAUUAUCCAGCCAAUGUAUUGACACACGCAAAUAGAGAGAAUAACCCUUUGCCAUUCGUUCGGGCACACGUUUACCAUGGCAUGGUCGACAUGAUAAUCAGCUUGCUAGGUUUCGCUGUCAUCAUCAAUGCCUUAAUUCUCGUUCUUGCCAGUGCUGUCUUCUAUUACGGAUCUGGUGCCCGGGGUUCGAUGGCUCCUGCAAGCUUAUUUGACGCCCAUACCCUUAUUAGGGACACUAUCGGAAGGCCUGCCGCUCUGCUCUUUGCCCUGGCUUUGCUUGCCUCAGGCCAAAGCGCUUCCGUAAUUGCAACGCUCGCUGGUCAGAGCGUCUCUGAGGGUUUCUUGCACUGGAAAGUUUCGCCCAUUCUCCGCCGCCUUAUUACUCGGUUGCUGGGAUUGGUCCCUUCGAUGAUCGUGGCUAUCGCUGUUGGUCCGAAUGGUAUCAAUGCGUUGCUUGUCGCAAGCCAAGUUGUCUUGUCCAUCAUCCUUCCUUUCAUUACAUUUCCUCUUAUCUAUCUAACGUCGACAUCUCGUUUCAUGAAGGUUCGCAAAUCAUCACAACCAUCAUCUUCUGAUGGGACAAUGCCCCCCCAUACGGACGUCGCUGAGGCAGACCCUCCAGCACUCGAGGCUACUCCCAGGGACACCCGCGAGACGCCACGAGACCCAGAGACAGCUGACCAAGCAGAGUAUGUUGACUUCAGCAGCGGGAAGAUUGUGACUGCCGCCGGCACUUUGACUUGGCUUAUCAUUGUCUCUGCCAAUGUUUAUGCAUUGGUUACCCUAGGCCAGGGCAACUAAAAUGUCGUCAUCGUCGUGUAGAUCUUCGUACUUUUGCCGCAAUUGACGGGAGACUAAAUACGGAUAAAUGUCGGUGUAUCUUUAGGAUUGAAAAAGUUGUUUCAACGCUACAUUCACUUCAACACUA